UUACAGCAGAACUAAAGAGCUCCGGCGAAACCAAAAACAAAGUCAAAGAACAUGACGUCCAUGGCCACACGUUGGAAGGAGGAGUAGCUUUUAUUUCCCAUUUCCUACGACGAUGACGCGCCGUUCCAGGUGAGGACAGGAGCACACAGACGUGUCGUGACAUGGGCGGAGCAGGCAGGUAUUCCGGAGAGUCCCCUCCCGAGAGCAUAACCUCUGUGGAGCUCAUGUGAAGGGAUCUCUGCAGGUCGUUAGCCCAUUCUACUGUGGAUGAAUGACAUGAGUCGUCCAACCAUGGAAACACAUACAAACACACACAGGCACAAUAACAGCCAGCUGAUUCAUGUGCCGCACAAGGAUACAAUACGUCUCCUGGAGGUAUAUGUCAAGCGCAGCCUCAGCCUCAAUGACGGGUCAAUGGCCUACAGGAAGGCAGGGGGGGAACAAAAGUGGGUGACGAUGCCAAAAAAGCAAAGACGACAUUCCAGCGACCCUUCCCUUCACUUGGCCGAUGGACCAAACGACGGGGAGAUCACGAAAUUUUUGCGUUUGAAACCCCCGCAGAUCAGCCCGAGACACGUCCGGAGAAACCGGAGAAACCGGAGAAACCCAUGAAAAAAUCAAAGAAGAACAAGAAGCCCUCACUUUGGAAAAGCUUCCUGGGUAUUUUCUCUCGGAAGGUGAACGAGGAGAAAGAUGAAGAGCAGGCGAAUCCAUCGGAGGUACCAGAGGCCUCCUCAGUGGAAGAGGCCUCUGACACCGGGACCACCUGCCUGCCCACAAUCACAGUCAAUUCACAGAAAAAAAAGUCAACGAGAUCUAUUAGAAGAAGGUUCUCCAAAAGGCGGUCAUCUCUGUCAAAACAAAAACUUUGUAAAGAGCUCAACCAUGCUGACAUCACUCGAGUGGAAGCUGUCAGCGUGGAACCGACAUACCAUUACUACGAGAAGGUGUCAGAGGAACUGGAAAAAAUAGUCCACGAGGUCCAAGUAAAAGAGGAAGUUCCACCUCUAUCUGAUGAGGAAGUAAUCGACAGGAUCAUUGCUUUGACAAAGAAGGAGGGUGAUGCCAUAGAUUGCAAGCUGAAGGACAACCCCGACCUGAUCAACUUCUUCCAGGGGAUGUCGUACUCGUCCUUCCAGAAGCUGGCCGAUGCGUAUCUGGAGACAGAAGGGUCGCCGAUCCACGAUCCUCCCGCCGUCCUGCCGACAGCACCUGAGCUGGUCAAGUUGGCCUUUACUCUCGACUUUACAGCCAGAAUAAUCGGGCUCUCCAAACAGAACAUAGGUCACAUCACCUGCCUGGGGAACCGUUAUCUACUCGACCGAUUUGAAUACCAACAGGCGUGUACAGAUCAUCCAGGGUCUGACGACGCCACAUGCCCCUCCAUGCCAGAGUGAGAGGGAACCAUGUAACAACAACAAAAAAAAAGUAACUUGCUUCAAGUGAAGUGCUCAACUUUUCUCAGCACCACAGAUGUGGUUCAGGAUGUGUUGCAACCAUGCAUUUCUCCUUUUAAGAACACAAACACAACCUAACACAAAUUUUAAGCUUGUAUUCAUUCGUAUAUACAUUCGAAUUUUUACCAUUUUGUGAUAGAAAAAUUGUGUAAUUCUGCUGCAAUUUCCUGAAAAACCAGUUGGAUGGCUUUGGUAGAUUUGAAUGUUUACUUUUCAAAGUGUUGACUGGGAGAUCAAUUUACGAAGAAGCACAGUCCCUUAAAACAUGGACAUAUUUGAGUCUCUCAAAAAGCUGAUUCUACAAUGAAAAUGAAGAUGUGAUGACUUUUUUUUUUUUUUACAAAUCCAACAUUGACUUCUAUAAGGUUUGUACAUUGAUUUGUAGUGAUACAAACAAGCCAUGCAAUAACCUUUGAUGUAUAUAAGGUAGACACCUCUGUGCAAUAUUUGUUUUACAUUUUUAGGAUUUCAAAAUAAGCAAAUCUUUGUUUCUAAUAGAAGCUACUCUGAAAUGUGACACAAUUCUGUUUGUUGAUAUGAAUGCUGGCAUUCAUA